GGAGUCUCUCAUGAUGACCGAGGCUCGGACCCGCUGCUGGAGCGGCGAAGGAUGGAUUUGAUUCACACAGCAGCCAGCGUCCUGGACAAGAACAGCCUUAUUAAAUACGACAAGAGGACGGGUAGCUUCCAGGUUACAGACCUGGGACGUAUUGCGAGCCACUUCUACAUCACCCAUGAUUCAGUGCAGACCUACAACCAGCUGCUGAAACCCACUCUCAGCGAGAUUGAACUCUUCAGGGUCUUUUCACUGUCCUCAGAGUUCAGAAACAUCACAGUGAGAGAGGAGGAAAAACUGGAGCUUCAAAAACUGCUUGAAAGAGUUCCAAUUCCUGUAAAGGAGAGCAUCGAGGAGCCCAGUGCUAAGAUUAAUGUUCUGCUCCAAGCCUUCAUCUCUCAGCUCAAACUGGAAGGUUUUGCCCUCAUGGCCGACAUGGUGUACGUUACACAGAGUGCCGGUCGAUUGAUGCGGGCCAUAUUUGAGAUUGUGCUCAGUCGGGGCUGGGCUCAACUCACAGACAAGACCAUGAAUCUCUGCAAGAUGAUUGACAAACGAAUGUGGCAGUCAAUGUCUCCUCUGAGGCAGUUCAAGAAGCUGCCUGAAGAGGUAGUCAAGAAGAUCGAGAAGAAGAAUUUCCCCUUCGAGCGUCUCUAUGAUCUCAAUCACAAUGAGAUCGGUGAGCUGAUCCGCAUGCCAAAGAUGGGUAAGACCAUUCAUAAAUACGUGCACCAAUUCCCCAAACUGGACCUGGCUGUCCAUAUCCAGCCUAUCACUCGCUCCACGCUCAAAGUGGAGCUGACCAUCACGCCGGACUUCCAGUGGGAGGACAAGAUUCACGGUUCGUCUGAAGCUUUCUGGAUUCUGGUUGAGGAUGUAGACAGUGAGGUCAUCCUUCACCAUGAGUACUUCCUCCUGAAGGCCAAGUACGCCCAGGACGAGCAUCUUGUCACAUUCUUUGUGCCUGUGUUUGAGCCUCUGCCUCCUCAGUACUUCAUCCGCGUCGUCUCAGACCGGUGGCUCUCCUGUGAGACGCAGCUGCCCGUGUCUUUCCGCCACCUCAUUCUACCUGAGAAGUACCCCCCACCCACUGAGCUGCUGGAUCUCCAGCCGCUACCUGUCACCGCUCUCAGAAACUCUGCCUUUGAGGCUCUUUACCAAAACAAGUUCCCCUUCUUCAAUCCCAUCCAGACACAAGUCUUCAAUGCUGUGUACAACAGUGAUGAUAAUGUGUUUGUGGGAGCUCCAACUGGCAGUGGAAAGACCAUCUGUGCAGAGUUUGCCAUUCUGAGAAUGCUGCUGCACAACUCGGAGGGUCGCUGUGUGUACAUCACCCCGAUGGAAGCGCUGGCUGAGCAGGUUUUUGUCGACUGGCACCAGAAGUUCCAAGAUAUCCUGAACAAGAAGGUGGUUCUGCUGACAGGAGAAACCAGCACAGAUCUGAAGCUGCUGGGAAAAGGCGACAUCAUCGUCAGCACCCCUGACAAGUGGGACAUCCUGUCCCGCCGCUGGAAACAGAGAAAGAACGUCCAGAACGUCAGCCUUUUUAUCGUGGAUGAGACGCACCUCAUUGGAGGAGAAAAUGGACCUGUGCUAGAGGUCAUCUGCUCCAGGAUGAGGUACAUUUCCUCUCAGAUAGAGCGACCCAUCCGCAUUGUGGCCCUCAGCUCCUCGCUGUCCAACGCCAAAGACGUGGCUCACUGGCUGGGCUGCAGCACCACUGCUACGUUUAACUUCCACCCCAACGUUCGGCCCGUUCCUCUGGAGCUGCACAUCCAGGGCUUCAAUGUGAGCCACACUCAGACUCGCCUUCUGUCCAUGGCUAAGCCAGUGUAUCACGCCAUCAUGAAGCAUUCACCCUCCAAGCCGGUGGUGGUGUUUGUCCCAUCCCGCAGGCAGACCCGCCUCACCGCCAUUGACAUCCUGACCUUCUGCGCUGCAGAUGUUGUCCCUCAGAGGUUCCUGCACUGCACAGAGAAAGACUUGGUUCCGUUCCUAGAGAAAAUAAACGACCCAACUCUGAAAGAAACCCUAGCCAAUGGCGUGGCGUACCUGCACGAGGGCCUAAGCGCGACAGAGCGCCGGAUUGUGGAACAGCUUUUUAACUCCGGUGCCGUCCAGGUGGUGGUUUCCUCACGUUCGCUCUGCUGGGGCAUCAACUUCUCUGCACAUCUCGUCAUCGUCAUGGACACGCAGUACUACAAUGGGAAAAUCCAUGCAUAUGUGGACUAUCCCAUCUACGAUGUCCUCCAGAUGGUCGGUAAGGCGAACAGGCCCAUGCAAGAUGAUGAGGGACGCUGUGUUAUCAUGUGUCAGGGCUCUAAGAAGGACUUCUUCAAGAAGUUCCUCUAUGAGCCCCUGCCUGUGGAAUCACACUUGGAUCACUGUCUCCAUGACCACUUCAACGCCGAGAUCGUCACCAAGACGGUGGAGAACAAGCAAGAUGCCGUCGACUACCUGACGUGGACGUUCCUCUACCGGCGUAUGACGCAGAACCCCAACUACUACAACCUGCAAGGCAUGUCCCAUCGUCACCUGUCCGAUCACCUCUCCGAAUUGGUGGAAAACACCUUGCAUGACCUGGAGCAGUCCAAAUGCAUCAGCAUUGAGGAUGAAAUGGACGUCGCUCCGCUCAAUCUGGGAAUGAUUGCCGCUUACUACUACAUCAACUACACCACCAUCGAGUUGUUCAGUAUGUCGCUGAAUGCCAAGACGAAGAUCCGUGGGUUAAUCGAAAUCAUCUCCAAUGCGGCUGAAUACAAGAACAUUCCCAUCAGGCACCACGAGGACGCACUUCUCCGACAGCUGGCACAAAAAGUCCCCCACAAGUUAAACAACCCGAAGUUUAAUGACCCCCAUGUGAAGACCAACCUGCUGCUGCAAGCCCACCUCUCCAGGAUGCAGCUGAGCGCAGAGCUCCAGUCAGACACCGAAGACAUCCUGAGCAAGGCGAUCCGCCUGAUUCAGGCCUGUGUGGAUGUGCUGUCCAGUAACGGCUGGCUGAGUCCAGCCCUGGCUGCUAUGGAGCUGGCGCAGAUGGUCACUCAAGCCAUGUGGUCCAAGGAUUCCUAUCUGAGACAGCUGCCCCACUUCACCUCAGACCACAUCAAACGCUGCACCGACAAAGGUGUGGAGAGCAUCUUUGAUAUCAUGGAGAUGGAGGAUGAGGAGAGAACAUCAUUGCUGCAGCUCUCAGACGCACAGAUAGCGGACGUGGCUCGCUUCUGUAACCGCUACCCCAACAUUGAGCUUUCGUAUGACGUAGCCGAGAGGGACAACAUCAAAAGCGGUAGUUCAGUUCUGGUCCAAGUUCAGCUCGAGCGAGAGGAGGAGGUGACCGGUCCCGUCAUCGCUCCACUUUUCCCUCAGAAACGUGAGGAGGGCUGGUGGGUGGUCAUCGGAGACCCCAAGUCCAACAGCCUUAUUUCUAUCAAGAGGUUAACUCUUCAGCAGAAAGCAAAGGUCAAGCUGGACUUUGUUGCGCCUGCUAUUGGCAUCCAUAACUACACCCUGUACUUCAUGAGUGAUGCAUACAUGGGGUGUGAUCAGGAGUACAAAUUCAGCGUGGACGUAAAGGAGGCUGACAGCGAGGGGGACAGUGACUCAGAUUAAGCCGAUUGUUGGAGGGAAUCAAUGUUUUUUUUCUUUUAGAUAUUCAUCCUGAUUUAUGUACCUUUUUACUCUGUCAACAUGUCUCAAUGUUUGCUCAUUAAAGUUCAGUUUGAUUUUA